UCUCCGUUAUUCUCUCUCUCCAUACUCUCUCUCUUAGUGUUCGCACUCGGCUCUUCUCUUAGACUGGCCCACGCCUAAAUUCCGACCAUAAAGUAUAGUUCAACGCGGAGAGCACUGCAUUUGUCCGCUACGCGAUAGUCUGUUGAGCCUCGCCUCUCCCCUCUCACUUUCCACGAAUUCUUUCAUUCUGAAAACAAAACAGAGAGGUAACUCAAUUUUUCUCUACGAAGAUAUGAGGCUAGGAUGUGAUGACCGAGUCGGACCCUAAACCUCGAUAGAAAUGCUACUCAGUCUUGGCUUUAGCUCAUAGGUUGUAUUUUAAAAAGUUUGUAGUGGGAUAAGAGGCCCGAAAGUGAAGCAUUAUAGUUGUCCUUUAUUUCGCUUUCAUCCUGCUACAGCCAAGGAAAAGAACCAUCAUGUUACAGGAGCUGAGCGACUGGGUAUGGCAGGAGCGGCUCUGGUUUCCAGAGGGGCUGGGCUGGGCUGACCUGGAGGACCGGGACGGCAGGGUCUACGCCAAGGGUCAGGACCUCUGGGUGGUGCUGCCCAUCGCCCUUGCCUUCAUCAUUAUCCGCCAGAUCUUCGAAAGGACGGUGGCAUUGCCCCUAGCCUCUCUGCUCGGGGUGAAGGAGACGGUACGACUCCAGGUUUCUCCCAAUCCUACGUUGGAGUCCUUCUACUGUAACACCAGCAAGAACCCCACCCAGAGCGCGAUGGAGAGGCUGUGUAAGCAGACGGACUUAUCAGAGCGACAGGUGCAGCGCUGGUUCAGGAGACGGCGGAACCAGGACCGGCCCAGCCUGAUCAAGAAAUUCAAAGAAGCCAGUUGGAGAUUUACCUUUUACCUUCUUGCUUUCUUUGCUGGCCUGGCCACCCUGAUCGAUAAACCCUGGUUCUAUGACCUGAAGGAGAUGUGGGAGGGCUUCCCUGUGCUGAGUCUGCUGCCCUCGCAGUACUGGUACUACAUGAUAGAGCUGGGCUUCUACGUCGCUCUGCUCUUCAGUGUGGCCUUCGACGUCAAGCGGAAGGACUUCAACGAGCAGAUAAUCCAUCACCUGGCCACCAUUGUACUGCUGUGCUUCUCCUGGUGUAUGAACUACAUCCGCGCCGGGACGCUGGUCAUGCUGCUGCACGACUCCUCCGACUACUUCCUCGAGUCUGCGAAGAUGUUUAAUUAUGCUGGCUGGAGGACUACCUGUAACUGUAUCUUCAUCGUCUUUGCUUCCAUUUUCAUCUUCACACGUCUCGUGAUCUUCCCCUUCAAGAUCAUAUACUGCACGUGGGUCUACCCAGUGACCAUCUACAAGCCCUUCUUUGGCUACUACUUCCUCAACGGCCUGAUGUUUGUGCUGCAGCUUCUCCAUAUAUUCUGGGCCAUCCUCAUCGUACGCAUGGCCGUCCGCUUCCUGACCACCAACGAGAAAGUAGAUGAUGAACGAAGUGACAAAGAGGAGACAGAUGAGUCGGAAGAGGAAGAGAAUGAUGUAAAAAAAGAAAAAAAGAAAAACGGAGCCCUGCAAAAUGGACAUGCGGCCCACAACAACAACCAUUGCAAUUCAAAAUGAGGCAGGACAAUAUUCUAUUAUGAAGGACUCGCAUACCUCGCCGAAAAGACGAGGUAGAGAAGGGAUGUUGGCUCUUGGAGUGGAGGAGACUUAACCAUUUUUGAACAAAGAUUACAAAGGAGGCUGUUGAUCGGAAAGGUGGAAGGACACAAGAUAUAAACACUGUUGUGCACAACUCAGGAGAUGGAUACACUACUUGAAGUGAUGUGUUUUUGUAGUUCGCUCCAAUGCGGGGGGGGGGGGGGGGGGGGGGGGGGGGGGGGGUUGGGUUAGGCAACAGAGGAGUGGCGGUGUGAGGAAGACAAGUCGCAUUGUAAUCUGUCUUGUCAUUGUUGUGUGCCUUCCAGCAAAACGUUGUUUAGAACAUGUGUUUGAAACCAUGUUCAUGCUUUCCGUCUGCGUCCUUUUUAUUUGAUUAGUUUUUUUUAACACUCGCCAUUUGUGCUUUCAGCUCAAAUCACGAGAAGAGAGAGAACAUAUAUCUUCUUAUUUUUCUAUCUAUGCAAUUAUGAGUCUUCUUAGUUUCUUUGCACAUUUUUAUCUUACGAUUCUUAAACACACGCAGUAAUGUGCCCCUUCUCUGCUACUGGUACUGUCUGCCCUCCAGAGAUAACAAGUGUAAAAAUAAUUGAUUGUGUUAAAAAUGAGAUUCACUUUAGGGCAUUUAGCAUUUAGCCAUAGCCCUUACCCUUAUUUUAAGGUAAAUUAUUUGGUAUCCUGCCUCGAUGUUAUGUUUUUUUUGGUGUAAAAUACCAAACAGGGUUGAUAUGUUCAUCUAGCUUUACCUGUUAGUGAACCAAAUAAUCGACGAUUGGUCAAGUCAUGGAGCUACGACCAUUGUAUUUCCCAUAUUCAUCCAAUUAUUUGCUGUCUCACUCCAGUUAAAUGACUACUAAACCAAAACAUUUCCAGCUCUAGAAACUAUGUUUUUUAGUUGUGUUCUUUGCAGAAGCUACUUUGAUUAACCAUGAACAUCUGUGAAAUAAGGUCAGAGUUAUUCACAACUGCAGCAAUAUAAUCAGGGUUUUUAGUUCCCUGUGUCAGAAUUGAAUGUCUCUGGUUUAGCUGGAUCCAAUGACAGAGACUUGACCCUUUCAUCAUUGCCAUUAUACAAUCAUCCACCCAAUGUGGAGAUAUGGGAGUUCUGAUUGGUCUGCCGAAAUAUUUCCAUGUCUGUAUUUUAUUUAAAUGCAGUCCAGGUUGCUGUAGGUCAUUGCUUAAGAGCCAGUGCUAUUCUAUCCUGUGUUGAUGCUUGGAUUUAAGGUUUAAUAUGAAACAGGUUUUACGGUUCUUCAUUUAAUUGAUUUUUAAAUGAUAGAUCUUGUAAUCCUGUUUUACCAAUAAUGUUUAACUCUGAUGAAUACACAAAGAAGAAGGUAUAUGUUGUGUUAUUUUGUAUGCCAAGUGCCUUAUGUGAAAUGCAUAGGCUUUACCCUCAUUAACUCCACUAUUUAAAUAUUCAAGAAGAAAAACAAAAAACUAUCUUGCUCCUCCUUUCUGUAUUUUGUCCCUUGUUGUCUAACAUUCUAUCCAACUCCGCCCCAUUCCACAACCAUCACAAAUUACCAACGCCCCAUCGAAAAUAUUUGUUGGUGUUAAAUGGUGCCUUAGUAUUAUUCAUAAUAAAAGCAAACAUCCAGAAACGACA